GACUGGGAGUAGAAGUGACUCAGGGAGAGAGAUAGAGGCAGAGACAGAGCCCAAUCGUCCCGGGGUCGCCCAACCUGUCUGCUUUCAUGCACCGCCUGCUCCAGUGGGACCCGGCAGCAGCAGCAUGUCUCCCGCCUGGAGUUAGAUCCAUGGACUAUUACGACAACGACUGCCUGGCCGGCUUGGUAGGCAAGGUCCCCCGGCGAGUGCCUCGGGGCUGUCCCGGAUCUGACAGUUCUAUUGGGGAUCACGAGAGAGCCAUAGACUUCAGUCCGUACCUGGAGCCCCCGGCUGGGGCAUUGGGAGGAGGGAGCCCCUCGGCUGCUCCUCCUGGAGACUUUCUGUCCGAUCUGCUGGGCGCAGACGAGUACAAGUGCGGGCGCAAGGGGGCGCUAGAGUACAGUCCGGUUGUCAGAGGGCUGGGGGGGUACCCGCAGCUGGGGGAGACCAAGGUGGAGCCCGUGUUUGAGUCGCUGGAACCCUACAAGGGCCCUGGGCGGGAGGAAAACGCCAUGCCAUCCCCGUACAGUGUCCGCUCCUAUCUGACUUACCAAACGGUACCGAGCGGGAGCAGCGGCAAUCUCUCCAGCGCUUCUUCCUCUUCCAGUCCCCCCGGCACCCCCAACCCCCUGGAAAGCAAGAGCGGGGGCACGUCUGGAGGAGGUUACGGAAAGGGCAAAUCCAAGAAGUCGCUUGACAAACACAGCGACGAGUACAAAAUACGCCGGGAACGCAACAACAUCGCCGUGCGGAAAAGCCGCGACAAAGCAAAAGUGCGCAACAUGGAGACGCAGCACAAGGUGUUAGAGCUGAGUGCGGAGAACGAGCGGCUGCAGAAGCGGGUGGAGCAGUUGUCUCGGGAGCUCAGCACCCUGCGGAACUUGUUCAAACAGCUUCCCGAGCCCCUGCUGGCUGCUACCGGCCGCUGUUAGGCCUAAGGGUGGCACCCGCUGACUUGUCCGCACCCGGGGCGCUGUGCCACCCAUGCACUUGUCUGGGCCAAAAUAGGGGUACGGAACAUACGUAACAAAUACUGCACUAGGGUGAACUCAGCCUGCACUUGAGGGUGGUGGCCUCUCAAAGCCUGAACCCCGACAUUUAGACUGGGCAUAUCCCCCCCCUAUUGACCUGUGCACCGGAUCAGCACUGGCGAACUCAUAGUGCAAGGAGCCCCUCAAUUCUGCGAGUAUUUAACAAAAACCUUUGCGCCUGAAUUCUGGACUGGGACAACGCAAUGCUGCGCACAUGGAUACCUUUGGCCUGCAGCCAUCACAAAUCUUUACCAUAUAUCUGUCCCUGGCAUUUGAAUUAUGCAUCUCAACGUUAGCUUCAUCUGUAAGCCUACAGUCCCCUCUUCUGGACUAUGAGUAUUCUUCAUCUGCAGCCAAUAAACAUGCACAUCUGCUAUCUAUGGAGAGGAGCAGCACUUCCCUGCAGCCUCCUGGUUUAUGCUUUGCAGCCCCCCCCUUAUACCUGAACUUGGAGUUUAACCUUAGAUCCUCCAAAUCUGCUCAAGGAGUUCUCUCUGGGGAGUUCCCCAACUCAUAACCUGUAGUCUGCUUUGGCUACCACUACCCCUAGUUUGCAGGCUGAUGCAAUAUGGACCCUGUACUAUGACUGUGAUCGUUUCUCUAUGGAGUUGGGUGGGAGUGAACAUUUAUGUUUAUAUGGUUGCAGUUAUAUUUUUAUUGUUAUAAAUGGCUGUAUGGUUUACACGGUUCUAUAAACGUUUUGUUUUCUAUUAAUACUGGAGAGUCCCUGUACUGUAGAGCUUGCAGUCUUGACAACUGAGGCACAGGGUCACAAGAAAAAGGUAAUCAAAUCAAACCCAGGUGUCUGUCCCCCCUCGAAUUAGUGCACUGUUAAAGUCAAGUCUUAACCACUGCAGCAUUAACAUAUACAGGAGGCAACGGGUUUGGGGUCACUGUGGUAACGGAAUCCUAAACUUGCUGCCUGGUGAACUGUAAUUUCAAAUAUCGCAAGGGAACCUGGGAAUUGGUGUCUAUAGAGAAAUGGACAGUGAAUAGUUGUAUAUUCCCGCCUUGGGCUUGUAGAGUUAUAAUUGCACAUGCUGGACAGAGCUCAUGCCACUAUUUUCAGUGAACUGAGUCUCAGCAGGUUUUGCUAUGACAUCUCUUUUAAUUGCUGAUCAGUCCAGUAUUGUACAAGUAACUUGGCAGAACAUUGAUUAUUUGUCUGUUGGGCAAUGCAUUGGCAACAAAUGCACACUUUAGUAAUGCUCCCUUUAAUUUGUAAUAUAUAUAUAUAUAUAUAUAGUUAUAAGCCUGAUCAAGCCUAAAUUGCCAUUUACCCCAAAAUUCACCCUUACUUGCCUGUCCAGGGGUUAUUCACCCCAAAUGUUACCCUAACUGGCCUUCAGUCUGAGCCCCCUUAGCUCAUAACAAGGUUACAGAUAUAUAGAAACAUUAGGGUAACAGUCACCCUGUUAUAGUUCCAGGGGUACCCAGGGUACAACUAAGCACUCACCCCAAAUCUCCCCCUAACUGGCCUUCAGACUGGGCCCCCUUAGCUCAUAACAAGGUUACAGAUAUAUAGAAACAUUAGGGUAACAGUCACCCUGCUAUAGUUUCAGGGUACAACUAAGCACUCACCCCAAAUCUCCCCCUAACUGGCCUCCAGACUGGGCCCCCUUAGCUCGUAACAAGGUUACAGAUAUAUAGAAACAUUGGGGUAACAGUCACCCUGCUAUAGUUCCAGGGUACAAAUAAGCACUCACCCCAAAUCUCCCCCUAACUGGCCUUUAGGCUGGGCCCCCUUAGCUCAUAACUCAACUACAGAUUUUGUGAGCCCCCUUAUACAUCUGCUUGGCCUAAGAGACAUAAUAUGUGGGCAAAGACUUGGCACUUUGAAGAGAAUAUAAUUUUAUUUAGGAUAUAUAAAUAUAUACUUUCCCCAUCUCUCCUGCCGCAGGAUUGCUGGUACAGGGAGUUAAAAAUGCAAUACUUGUACUUUAUUGAGAAUAUUCCAAGGGGUCUGGCUGUGAGUAUCUGUGCCGUCAUCAUGCCUAUAGUAUACCCCCCCUAUUUAAAAAAAGUAAGAAAUAAAUAUUGGAAAGAGAGAGAGAGAGAUAUAUAUACACAUAUAUUUAUUGAUAUUUUGUAUCAGAGAGCACAUCUAUUAUCUUGGUUUGUUUAUAGAGGAAGAAGAAAUGUAUCCGAGCAGCACCAGCUUCAGAUACUUUGCACAUUUUCCUAUUGGAGUUGGAGGAAACCAGUUCCCUUUUGGUGAUUUUAGAUUUUUACAUAUCUCGACCUUUUUAUUUCUUUUCUAGAACAGAGGUUUUAAAAAUAUGUGUUAUUUAAAGUAAAGAGAACAAUCUUUUCUAUGCCUGGUGAUGCAAUAAGGUUAAACAUGGUUGCAACCAACAUCUGAACACAUGAUGCAAUCCUGUGUAAUUCAGCCAUAAACUGUGUAAUCUGUUAAGAUAUUUUACGUUUUUUUAUAUUAUAUAAAAAUCUAUUUCUAUGCAUUUGUAUAUUUUGGGUUGCGUUGAAUAAUUUUGUAAUACUGUUUCUGCCAAUGGGGUGGGAAUUGCUGGCAGAUAAUUAUUAAACUGUUAAUUUGAAAUUGAAAAAUGGUCCUGCUUUGGUCAUAGGCCAAUUAUUUUUGUUUUGAUCCUGUGUAUUUUCAUUAAGCCACUUGAUAUUUUCAAAAUGCUGGUCUUCUGCUACUGUACCUGAACUGCAACACCCAGAAUUCUCUUCUAGCUGUUGAAUUGUGGGAGCUGUAGUUCGAGGUGUGAGUGGCAGGUCCAGUCUGACUUGUCUAUCUCAACUUUAACAUCAAAGAAAAAAAGACAGAUUUAUACAAAUAACUUUUGACAUUUUUUCAGUGAAUUUAAAACAUGCAUUAAAAUCUAAGACUGUUAUGGAAGCCACUUGCUAAAAUAAAGUCUAUUUUCACUAUUUAUUAUUGAA